CGAUGGCAUGAUGUUGGUGGUUUGAAAGGCGUCAAGCAGGUCCUCAGGGAGGUCUUGGAAUGGCCUACUUCAGUCUCCGCCGCCAACUCAUGCAUGGGCGUGGCUCUUACCCGUGGUAUUUUGCUUUAUGGCCCGCCGGGAUGUUCAAAAACCAUGCUCGCGCGGGCAGUAGCCACUGAGUCCGGCAGGGAGUUUCUAGAUGUCCAAGGCCCUGCACUUCUAAGCAAGUGGCUCGGUGAGUCUGAACGGGCUGUUAGAGAUUUGUUUCAGAAAGCGCGGGCAGUCGCACCUUCCGUCGUUUUCUUCGAUGAAAUUGACGCUCUAACAAUGAGGCGAGCUAGCGAAUCUGGUGCAAACGUGGAAAGUGCUGCGACUAAUCGCGUUUUAGCGCAGCUGCUCACCGAAUUUGAUGGCGUCCACGCUCAGGCAGAAAUUCUCAUCGUUGCAGCAACAAAUCGGCCUGAUCUCAUAGAU